AAAAUGUUCAUCCAGACUCUAAAUCCAACAAGAACCCACUCUUUACCUAUCCUUCAACAUCCUCCUCAACCUCAAAAGGAGGGAAGGCAACAGAAGAGUAUUGAGGUGAAGUUGAGUCAUCAAAACAUGCAAAGUAGUGUGUUUAAGAAUUCCAGGAUAAAACAGAGUACUGAUAAUAGCCCUGUGAACAUCAACAAGAAGGGAAAUACUAUGACUAAAGAUAGGCUAGUCAAUACCCACACUAAAUUGCAUCAGAGUUUUAAUAAUAAGUACAGGAAAUAUAUGAUAGAGAAGGAGGAUGCCAGCAAGCUUAGCAAAAUGCAUACAUUUUUGAACAGGUAUCUUAAUGAGAGUGAAGUUAAUAUAAAUGGCUCUCAGAUGGUUGAUAAAUCAAUUGCUCGUGAAGAUACAGAUUAUGAUUUCCAAUUUUAUACAAAUGAGAACGAAUUUUUAAAUAAUGAUUCCAAGACAUUUAUUCAAGAAUUGUCUAAGAAGUCUUAUAAGCAUCAGGUAGUUCAUAAGGACAUCCACCUUAAAACUUCUUCAUUGAAAUCUAAAGGAAAUGCGAUGACAACGAUUCAGCAAUAAAA